AUGAGUAAUUCGGGCAUCAAAGCAAGCUCUGUGCUCGUUUGCCGCCAGUGGUGGAAGGUAUGUUGGGUGUACGGUGAUCAGUACAAACUGUACAGACAACUGUACGGUAAGAAAAAAACAAACUCCAAUGGAACGUCGACUGUUACAGUACAACAGGAUGAAUGGAAGGUGUGCCGCCACUGCAGGUGCCCCCGCGAGGAACACGAGGGCCCCAGUGGGGUCUCCAACAUGGCGGAGAGCGAACGCAUCGUGCACAAGAUGGCGGCCCACUUCGGGGCCGGGCCCCCCGUGGACAGGCCCGGCUCGCACUCGGACGACGACUCUGGCUGCGCCCUGGAGGAGUACACGUGGGUGCCACCAGGGCUCAAGCCUGAACAGGUGCACCUGUACUUCAGUGGAUUGCCCGAGGCUAAGGUACCGUAUGUGAACAGCGUGGGCGAGAGGUAUCGCAUCAAGCAGCUGCUGCACCAAUUGCCGCCCCACGACAACGAGGGGCGUUAUUGCAACGCCCUCAGCGAGGAGGAAGCGCGGGAACUGCGUCUCUUCUCCCAGCAGAGGAAAAAGGAGGCACUAGGCAGGGGCACACCACGACAACUGCUACAAGAUGGCCCCAUGCCUUGCAAAAACUGCGAGGAGUCCGUGUCCCGUGGCGACAUGGGCGUUUUCGCGUCCCGUGCUGGUGCCAGUUCCUGUUGGCACCCUGGUUGCUUCACCUGUUGUGUCUGCAAGGAACUGUUGGUGGACCUCAUCUACUUCUUUCGUGACGGCAAGUUGUACUGUGGGAGACACCACGCAGAAAGUUUGAAGCCUAGAUGCGCUGCUUGUGACGAGAUCAUCUUCGCCGACGAGUGCACCGAGGCCGAGGGUCGCGCCUGGCACAUGCGCCACUUCUGCUGCUUCGAGUGCGACCGGCAGCUGGGCGGGGAGCGUUACGUGAUGCGGGACGGCAGGCCCUUCUGCCUGCACUGCUUCGAUGCCACUUUCGCCGAGUACUGCGACUCCUGCGGCGAUCCCAUCGGCGUCGACCAGGGACAGAUGUCGCACGAGGGACAGCACUGGCACGCCACGGAGCACUGUUUCCGGUGCCACGCGUGCCAUACGCCACUCCUCGGGAGGCCCUUCCUGCCCAGGAAGGGACUUAUCUACUGCUCCGUCCACUGUAGCAAAGUUGGAGACCAACUCAACAGCUCAAACAAAAGGAACAAAGUCCCAGGUGGGACAUCCGAGUGUCGCACGUCUAGCCCAUUAUUAGUCCCGAGGAGUCCACUUGUUCCAUAUCGCAACGCACCUUCCAGUGAUCCUCUCAUACCGCAAAAUGUAUCUCAACUGGUUGAGGAGAAAAACAAGAGCUUAUUUAAGAAGGAUAAUUCAAUGUUGCCGAAAGAUAAUGCUUUGGCAGAGUGUGAUGAUAAAUCCUCCUUGAAUGGACGUUCUCGUGAUCCCAUUAAUAUGUCAGAUUUAACACUGGAUGCAUUGAUGUCCAAGUCGCCACAAGUCUUUGUUCAGGUUGUGGAAGAAAUUCAGGAACAGAGGCGAGAUCGCAGUCGUGUCCAUCACAGAAGAACAACAGCCCACUUCUCUAUGCCAGAUCUCACUAGAGACACAGGAUCGGCCACGCCCCCAGACAGCCCCCUCAAAGACACUGCUGAAGUGAACAGCAGUGGCACAGUGUCCUCCAAGAAGCUCAUUGUCCGCUUCAGCCCUUCGACAGCAAAGCUUCCCCCGUCCAGCGAGGAUGAAGAACAAAGGAACCUAUCCCAGAGGGUGGAACGUUCUUCGUCAUCAGGGAGCGAAGAGACUUUCACCAAGAGCAGCAACACUACUACGCCCAACAAGCGGAACUCUGCUGUCCUUCGGAGCAGGAGCUAUGGCGAUCGCUCAGAGCUUGAGUCCAGCUUUCAGAGGGCUCCCCGAGGAUCUGAAGACAGAUGUCAGGAUGACAGAUGCAGCACUUGUUCAAGUUCCAGCUCGGAAGAUGAUCCGUACGAACUUCCUCCUAGACGGGCAUACGGAGGGGUACGCAUAUCGUACGUCAGCAAUGAUGCUCUUGCUGUGGCCAGGCAAAGAUCUGGAACUUUGCAGUCUUCCGGAGCAAAGAGUUUGAGGAGAAGACGGAAACACGAUGACAAAAACUGCCUUGUCUCUUGAUACCUCUCUCUUUUUUCAUUCCAUCCAUUUCGCCAGUACAAAAGCAUGAUCAUGAGCUUCCACAAGAACAAUUGAAACUAGUGUAAUAUACAGGGUGCAGGUUGUUUAAUUCAUGGAGUAAGAUGUCCAACACUUUGCAUAAUUCAUAAUCAAUGUUAGCCAUUCAGAGAGAAACAGCAUGAGAGUUAUGCAGUUAUGGUAUUUUGAUUUGAAUACAUUAUUAACUAAAAAUGUGAAGAUUUAAAAAAAAAAAAAAUGCAAUGAAAAUGUUAUUCAGUGAUUCACAGCACACAAAACUUGAAAUAUUACAGGAAGAAAAUUUCUAAGCUUUCUACUUAUCUCUGUAUCUGGAAGAAAAGUAUCCUCAUAUGAAACUCAUUAGUAUUUUCACAUUCCACAAUUCAUAAUGAAAUGUAGCUGGUUGCAAGGAGGAUUACGGAAAAAAGAUGAUGUGCUUGUCCUGUGUUUCGAGUUGUUUGGAAAUACCCCAAUAUAAGGGAUGGACAAUCUUUAUUACUUUAUGUAUACUUGUUCUAAAAAUAGGCCCUUUGUGGCUCAAAAACAGAGGUAAAAAAUAUUUCACAUCUGCAGUAUCGAGAGUAAGUUUUUAUAAUCAGUAAUAGAAAAGUAGCAAUUCAGUAACUAUUAAAAUCAACAGAAUAAAAAAGUAACCUUUCAAUAUGAUGUGGUAAAAUCUAUGUACAAGGCACGUUUUUAAAGCGAGUUCCAUUUUGAAAUAAAAAAAAGCAGUACAGAUGGAGCAAAGAAAUUUAUUGCACAAAAUCUACCACCCAUAUGCUAUUUUGCAGCGGCAUUUGUUAUAGCGUGGUACAGGUUUUAGUAUACCUAUUCGUAGAAAGUUGCCGCUUGUGUAGUCAACUAUGGGGUAAUACGAUCUUGGAGCUAUUGCUGUUGUGCCACUGACCGCCAAGGAAAGACUUUUAUGUGCUGAAACAAAUGAAAGUUGCUGCGAGCGAGGGCAGUCUGGAGGAUGUUCAAAAACAUCCCAGCCGAUGCCUUGUAAAAGUCCUCAUGGUUGACAAUACAGGCGGCAACUUUCUGCAAAUAGGUAUACAAAAACCUGUACCACGUCAUGACAAAUGCUUGGAAAAUCACGGGAAAAAUGUUGAAAAAUAGAUUUUUGUGCAAUAAAUUUCUUUGCUCUAUCCCCCUAUACUUUUUUUUUUCUUUCAAAAUGGAACUUACUUUAAAAACAUGCCUCGUAUUUGGGAUAUGCCUGCAGGCCCAUGUGCUAAUUAUGCACAAUAAAUCAUCAGAAUGCCCAAAAAAGUUUAGCAUACAGAUGGACAUCUAUGUCACUUUUUAGCUCUAUAAUAUGGAUUAUUUUAUGUCCUCGAGACAUAGUGAUCAUUAUAGCUACUUUUUUUUAACUGUUUUCUAAUUUUAAAGGAUUCCAUAAAGCCUAUUUUCGGUACUCUGGAUGUAUUAUUUUCCCUUUGUAUCUUUUCUUGGAAAUAAUGUCUGUACCUGAUAAAAUCUUUCCCCAAUUUCAAAUUCUUUCAAAAAGAGAAGAUUGAUUCUGCUUACACAAUGAAUUAAUCGAUAAUUUACACAAAGGUGAAUGUUUUUAAAAAAAAUACAUAUUGCAUUUUAAUAUGGAACAAAACGUUAGUUUUUAUAAAAUCUUUCCUAUGGUAGACAUUUCUCUGAAUAUUUUCAGAUUUAUUGCAUACCAAAAGUAUAUUUAAGAAGAUAUGCUGUACUAUAUCUUAAGUAUUUUAAUAUUCAACUAAAUGAACUAAAAUGCUCUAUUUGCUGAAUUUACAUGGUUUGUAUAUCCACUAUAAAUGAAAAGCAGUUGCCACUGAAUAAAAGACUUUAAAUGAUCAUAUUUUUAGAUUGAACAAGCAUUUGAUAUCCUGUAUUUUUUAAAAAUCAGAAGCCAUUUUUUAUGCCAUUCAACUUUGUA